AUGUUUACAUGCCUUCCAUGUAGUGCCUCAAGUAGCAACUGUUUUGGUGCGAGUGCUGGUAACAACAACAAGUCUGUGUAUUUGGAUGUCUAUGCCGGGACAAACUGUCCGAAAAUGUACUUUUCCAAGACGGAUGUAGCCCAAGAUGGAUGCACUGUUAUUUGUAGAAAUAGUGGAUGCUACAAGAUUGGAACGCAUCGUUGCGCCGCCUGUGAGCACGAAGCCUACUGUUGCGAAGUCUGCCGCCAACAAGAUCGAAAGCGGCACGAAGAGGAUUGCCGACGAUACACGACGACCGUACGGGUAGAACAAAUGAAGAAUUUUAAUCGUCAAGCCAGCUGUCGAGGUCGAGGUGGUUGCUCGAAUACCGUGGUCUCCUUUUGUCGGCACUGCCAAGCGACGGUGUGUCACCAAUGGCAAUGUUCCAAGAUUCAUUUGGAGCAAUGCAAUGCCUAUUUGGAGGCCAAAUUGGAGAGGGAGUGGGUAAGGAUUGAUCUACUUGUCAAGAAGAAGAACGACAGCUGUCGGCAAGAGAUCCCACAGAAUCGUGGGGGUAACGAUAACGAAGCAUGGGUGCUGGUGGACGGGUAG